UGAAGUUCAUAAGAAAAAAAACUCUUCAUUUCUUAACUGCAAAGCAUCCUUAACUAUAUAAACACAAAAAUACUCCAACCAAAUCCAACAUCUUCUACCACUUAAUAACGUUCUAGCAAUCGUUUGGAUCAACAAUUCAAUUUGAAACCACCAAAUUUCUAAUAUGGAACAAACUCUCUCCCUUGAAAUUGAGCAUGACUUUGUUCAAAACAGUGAAAGAGUGAAAUCUGUUGAUAUGCAUCCAACUGAGCCAUGGGUUCUUCUAGGUUUAUAUUCAGGAACUAUUUCUAUAUGGAACUAUCAAACAAAGGUUGAAGAGAAGUCUCUCAAAAUUAGUGAAUCACCAGUGAGAUCUGCAAAGUUUAUUGUUCGUGAAAAUUGGAUAAUCGCAGCGACGGACGACAAAUAUAUUCGCGUCUACAAUUACGAAAAAAUGGAAAAGAUAAUAGAAUUUGAAGGACAUAAAGAUUAUAUAAGGAGUUUGGAUAUACAUCCUUUUCUGCCAUAUGUGGUGUCAGCUUCUGAUGAUCAAGUUUUGAAAUUGUGGAAUUGGAAGAAAGGUUGGUCUUGUGAUGAGACUUUUGAAGGUCACACACAUUAUGUAAUGCAAGUGGCAUUUAACCCUAAAGAUCCAUCAACCUUUGCUAGUACAUCUCUAGAUGGAACUCUAAAGAUUUGGACUAUUGAUUCUUCAACUCCAAAUUUCACCUUUGAAGGACACUCGAAAGGAGUUAAUUGUGUUGAUUAUUUUGAGAAUAAUGAAAAGCAAUAUCUUUUAAGUGGUUCUGAUGAUUACACUGCCAAGAUAUGGAAUUAUGAUUCUAAAGAAUGCAUAAAAACACUUGAAGGACACAAAAACAAUGUUACAGCAAUAUGUGCUCAUCCUGAGAUUCCUAUAAUAGUUACAGCUUCAGAGGAUUUUACUGUUAAAAUAUGGAAUGAUGCCACAUUCAGGCUUGAAACUUCAUUGGAUUUUGGUCUUGAGAGAGUAUGGAGUAUUGGAUACAAAAAAGGAUCAUCUCAACUUGCUUUUGGUUGUGACAAAGGAUUUAUCAUCGUUACUGUGAAUCUUGCAAAUUUUCAAGUGAAACAAGAUUAAACAAGCAAACAAAGAUGUGCCAUUUGAACUUGAAAGCAUACUAGAAUAUAACUCAUGUUGUUCAAUAUAACUUAUAAAGAGUGUCUUAAAUUUUGUUGUUUAUGUUAGUUCCUCUAGUAAUAAUGAUCAACAUCUAGUUAUGUGUUCUAGAUACAAAUAAAUAACAUGUUAUUGUCAUACCUUUUAUUCACCAUAUAUUGUGACUAUUUUGAUGUA